AUGUCCCUUCCACCCCGCUACGAAAUCCGCCCUUUGGGCGAAGAACACGAAGAAUGGGCCCGCGCAAUCUGCGUCCAUACAAACUGCUUCCACUCACCCCUCUGGUCAACCGUAUACCCAAACAACAAAACAGAACGCCUCUACGCCGCCUUCGAAACGGCGAAAUACUUAAUAACCCACCAAAUCAACUCGGGUCACUCGCUUGGCGUCUUUGACACAGAAUACGUCUUCAAGAACCCGGCGUCUAUUCCGACUGGCGGGAAAUUAUACUGGGAUACAACCGAUAAAUGCGCAACCGAAGAACAACUCGCGUCGCAGAUGGACUUCCCACUCGUGUCAAUCGCCAUGGCGUACGAUGCCAUCGACCCGCUGGAUAUAGCCCAAAUCGAGCCGAUGAUCAAGGUUCUCCCGCUCUUCGCGACGGUUUACGAGAAGCUUAACACGCUGGAUCCGAGAGAUGAGACGUGGAAACCGAGUGCCAGAGGGCAGGUGCUUAUGCGGAAUGCGACGAAUACGGUGCAGAAGUAUGCGGGACAGGGACUUAUGAAGGCGGCGGCGGAGGAGUUGAUGAGGAGGUCUGCGAAGUUGGGAUUUCGGGCUAUUCAGAUUGAGAGUGCGUCGCCGGCUGUUGAGAGGGUUUGGUCUAAGCCGCCGGAGCCGUUUCGCGCGAGUGUGGUUGCGCAGUUUCGGACGGAGGAGGUUGAGCAAGAGCAGGAUGGGGGUGUGGUUAAUCCAUUUGAGCCGGCGAGGAUCAAUAUUGCGAGAAUUUUUGUUGAGCUUUAG